AUGGCUGUUAAACAUUAUUCUAUGAAUGCACAUCAAACUUUUGUUGUUGUUGAGUCUGGCCAAAGGGUUUUCUCUGUCAAAUGCCCUAAUAGCAAUGAAGGUAUGGUUAGGGAAGAUGCUUCCAUUUCGAUUUCUCUAAUUCAAGAAAGAAUUAGUGGACAAUUCAACUAUAAGGUGUCGUAUCGGAAGGCAUGGAAAGCCAAACAAAAGGCAAUUGAGAGGGUUUAUGGUGACUGGAGUGACUCAUAUGAUCUUCUACCAAGGUGGUUGGACAGGAUGGUUGAAUGUUGUCCUGGGUCUGUGUAUAAACUUGAAACCACUGAGUACGUGUCAAACAAUAUAGUGGAUCCAAAUUUCCGUCAAUUUCGUCGAGUCUUUUGGACAUUUAAACCAGCAUGUGAUGCCUUCAACUACACUAAACCCAUUAUACAAAUAGAUGGGACAUUUUUGUAUGGAAAGUACCGAGGCACACUACUAAUCGCUACGACACAAGAUGGAAAUGCUCGUGUGUUACCACUUGCAUUUGCAAUAGUAGAAGGAGAAACACUAAGCGAUUGGUCAUGGUUUUUGUCUAACAUUCGUCGGUAUGUUACGAGAAAACAAGGGUACACAACCAACAAGCAUAGAUUUGAAAGAAGGUUGGAAAGGUUCCGUGAGGUCAGCCCUGAAAUUUGUCGUUGGAUUGAUGGCAUUUCCCUUGAAAAAUGGGCAAUCGCACACGACGAAGAAGGACGUCGAUAUGGACACAUGACAACAAAUUUGUCCGAGGCAGUCAACAAAGUCCUUAAGGGUGCACGAAACUUGCCUAUAACUGCGCUAGUUAAAUGCACGUAUGCUAGGUUGGUGGAGUAUUUUAUUCAAAGGUUAGGUCAGGCAAACGCUGACCUUGCUCUGGGUAAACGUUACUGUCAGAAGUUAAUGGAUGCUAUGGAAACAAAUCAACAAGAAGCAACCUCUCAUUUCGUUCGCAGGUAUGAUUAUGAGUCUACAAGAUUUGAAGUUGAAGAAAUCUUCAAUGCAGUCACACAACGAGGUGGGAAGGUUUUCAAUGUUUUUCUAAAUGAAAGAAAAUGUGAGUGUGGUGCUUUUCAGGCGUAUAGAUAUCCAUGUUCACAUGCAAUAGCAGCCUGUGCACACGUUCGUAUAGAUCCAUUAACUUUUGUUGAUGCCGCAUACACUAACGAAUACAUCAAAGCGGCAUAUUCAGGUCAAUGGUUCCCACUUGGAAGUGAAGAAAAUAUUCAACCUACUAAUGGACCUCGUAUAGUUCCAGAUGAGACAAUGAUACGUACAAAGGGACGCCCAAAAUCCACGCGCAUUAGAAAUGAAAUGGAUUGGACUGAAUCCCAAAGGAGGCAACGAUGUGGACAUUGUAGGCGUGAAGGGCAUAAUAGAACCAAUUGCCCUGUGCUGGCUGAAGAUGUAUUCAAUAACGCAUAA